AUUUGGGAAAUUCUAAGAGCGCCUUGAAGAAUGCGUGAUAUUUAGAUCGGCCUCACGGACGUGUCAAGGCAACGGCGCUAGGUACUCGUCCCUGCAUCCGAGGCGAGCCGAUCGCGAUCCUUGGAAGAUGGGAAGCAGCGAGUAGAAACAGCGGGUGGAGAGAGGGACCAGUUAGGAGACCGAGUAUUGAGAAAGGUGACAAGACGCGAGAGAGUGAUUGAGCGCGCACGCGAGUGAAGUUCAUAAACCUGUCAACUCCUCGGCGGGCCGUCCUGCCUCGGAAGUUGGUCGCGGUCGCCCCUUUCUCUCUCUUCAUUCCAAAUUCAUUUGUCAUAUCGCGUAACAGACCAUCACAUGUCUUACAUUCUCCAGUCGUGUCCCAGAAAUUACUGAGAAAUCUCAACCAGUUUUGGAAUCAUCAUCUCCUGAACAAAUUCUCCAGACAGAUAGCUUUAAAGUGGGGAUGGGUUAUGCGCAGCCGACAUCCAUCAUCAUUGUGUGGAUAAUAACAGUCAUCGUUUCGUUUCGAAACAUUAAUACAACGCUGCACUUAGUCCAGUGACAUAUCUUGUAACAUUUUGCAAAUGUUUCUAACCUCGUUUAAUUUCAAGCCCCUAGAUUUGGUAAACUUAGUGAAGCCACACACGAGAACUUGGAUCGAAUAUCAGCGUUGUUAGAGACAAACGAGCAUUGUUUUGAACAUCGAAUGCGUCCAUAGAUGUCCUGGGACACCCCAUGCUCGCAUCUUCUCAUGGAUAUACCGUUCAUGCAUCCUAUAAUUUUGCUGAGUGAUUUCCCGCCGAAUUUUGGAUGUUCGACUACAUCACUUUACAUUUUGGAGAUUGAAAGUCACCGAUUUUGAAAGUUCUUGGCGGCAUUGAAUACGUGGGUUUGGCUGAUUUGUAAAAUUACCACUGACAGUCGAUAUCAUCGAUUUCCAUCAAUCCAUCUCGAAACGUUGCUUAAUGUUACUCUUGAAUUUGGUCUCAAUGGAUUAAUGUUGCCACGCAGAUUAAGUGCUGGAAGACUAUAUAGGAAGAAGUGGUUUUCUGAACAAAGCUUCAAGAUUGAGGUGCCAUAAAAGUUCGCAAAAAUCGUUAUGAGCAGUAAUGGUUUGAACAAGCUGCCAGCAUCAUUACGAUGAACUUAGGGUUUUCUUUCAAUCUCGAUGUCGAUGGUGGACACUUAAUUCAAUUUCGACAACUUUUUUUUUCCUGAGGAACGUGAUAAAACGUAAAGCACUUUCUAUUUCACACUUGAACGGAAUUUGUUAAGGGGUCGCUUCUAAAAGGUGGCUCCUAGAUUCAACCAGCCGUCACAUUGGUGUAACCCCGUUGUCGUUGUCGAGAUCAUCCACGUCCGCUGACCGUCAUCAUGAGCUGUUUGGACGUAAUGUACCAGGGUACAUACCAACCCUACCAGUAUCCCUUCUACCAAAGGCCAUUCGCACAGAAGUUUGGACAUUACAAGAUGCAGGAGGCGAUGGGACUCGAUUCGGCGGUCGACUACAGCUCGACGUCGAGCCACCACCACCCGACCUCCCACACGCCGAGCCUCUCGGCGUUCUCGACCACCGCAAACCCCCAUCACCAUCAUUUCCACCACCACCCGGCGGCGGCGACGGCGACGCACUACACGGGGCACGGCAGCGUGGGGAGUCACGGCAGUGGGGUGAGCGCAGGUAGCGUUCAAGGACACUCGGGGCAUUCUUCCCUGCAUUCCACCCCGUCAUCGCUCGCGACGCCGUCCUCAGCGCUCGGCGUGAAGGAGGAAGAGGAAUCGGGGAAUGCGAGCGACAAGGACCCCCCGCCGGAAGCGGACUACGUUAAUUCCCGUUGUGUUAUUUUUACGUUUUACUCUGGUGACUUGGAUAAGAUAGUUGACGAACACUUCAGUCGAUCACUGAGUCAUCAAGGGAGCUAUGCUGAAGACACUGACGGAAAACAAAGGACAAUAAAUGGCAGUGAUAUGAACAGUCAAAAUGACAGUGGUGACAGCAGAGGAGAAAACUCGAAUUGGCCAAGCAAAAACAAUGGUUGUUCGCCGACGCCGAUGUGUAAACGUAGCUUUCCACCGUCCUUCUGGAAUUCAAACUUCUACAGUAACGUCACGAACUGCAACAAUAACAACAUCAGCAGCAACAGUAACAGCCUGCAUCUCAACUCCAUGUACCCGACGAGCACCUCGACGCACCACGACACAUCAUCCCUCCUCACCGCCGCACAAGCGGCCGCCGAUUCAUACACCAUGCACCACCAUGCGCACCACCGGGCAGCUUCCAUGCACCAUUCGCAGGCAGAGGCAUGGCAUUACGGGUUCCCCGCGCACCACCAGUCGUCCUACGCGCAUCACCAUCACGCGGGGUUGCACGAGUUGGGUUACGGAGUGUCGCCCGGAAGCGCGUUCAGCCCGAGGUACAGCUCUUUACUCAUUCAACCGUCCGUGAGACCGGGGCGGCUGCCGACGAUACCGGGUCAGUGUGACUUUACGAAGUCGUCGACGACGGAAUGGCCGUCGACAUACACCCCUCAUAGUCACCAAUCAACGACAGAGGUACCGUCAUACACCGUCGAAACAGGUAGCGCCGUGGACUCGCACGAAACAAACAAGGAUCUCUAUUGGUUUUAGUUGACUCUCUUGGAUAUAACUCGACGUCAUCUGCUCGAAAAUGUGGCCAUUUUUUUUUAUCAACAUCAUGCUUCUUUCUGAGUACCGAGAUGAAUAUAAAGACUGUCCGAAAAAUAACUUUUGCAUGCUGCUUAUAUAUAAAUCAUGUUGAUUUUCUGUAAACUUCGCCCCUAUUUUAUAUUAUUUUUAAUUUAUCCAUAGAGUGGAUAAAAGUGUGGAUUAAAACUGGGAAAUGGAAAAAUGUUAAUCUUCCGUCUGACAAUACACAUUUUCCAGUUUGCAUUCUAAUUUGCCGAACUAUGCUGAAAUGUUCCGAUUGUACCCGAGGUCGCAAGAUCGACUUUCUACAGCUGAUAGAAAGGCUAAAAUUUGGACAUGUUGGAUAAGAGUAUAAUCACCGAACAUUUCCGAAAUGUUCUGAUUAUAUCGGGUCUUCAGAUGACAACAAAGGAUUGACAGGAAAGAAAGGUGAAAAUAAUAAGUUCUUAUUAUUUUAUUUUAUUAUUUCAUGUUGAACGUCAUCACGGUGUACCUGCAGGAAAAAAAAAUAAUUUUAUUAAUUUAUAAAACAAUAAGUCCACCACGACGACCAGCUUACUCUCAUGUAGGCCUUUGCGAAAAAAAACUCAAAGAAGCAUUACACUGAAAAUGUCAUCAAAACCGGAUUUGAAAAAUAAAAAUUUAAUCGUUUUGAGGUUUCCCUUAUAUUAUAGGAAACAGUGGUGUAAUGAGCCAAAAACUUUGAGGUGGCCCCAGACCGGGUCCCAGACACGGCGUAUUGGGCAAUUUUUUUUUUUUAAUACAAAACGCUAAUUUGGUAGAUUUUGCCAUACAUUUUCUUACCUUUUUCCCCUUUCCUUUUCUUUCUUUCGCUCAUUUUUUCUUUGCCGUGAAUCUAUACGCCCGUAAUGUAACAAAAUGCGCAACACAGACGGCAUUUAAAUCAAGGAACUGAUGAUACACCCUCACUACUCAAUUUGUAUUUAUUUACAAUGAAAAUUGAUAUUAGAAAUUUAAUUUUCCGAUCUUUUUGUUAUAGAGAUGCUCUCCGUAUCUCGAAACAUUGAUGGCUUUAUUUUUGUCAAGAGGAUAUAAACCCUGUGUUGCAUCAUUAGAGGAAAUCGAAACGUUUGAAAUUUCAAAAUACAAAAGAAAAAGUGUCACAAUCAUGUGCGAUAUAUGCUAUUUCAUUUGCACACUGCUUAUGAUUUCACAUAUAACUUUUUUUAUAAUUAAAAUUUCAGAACACUUAUCCGAUUUUGAUGGAAUUGUCAGUGUUAUGCUUCAUUUUUUUUUCCAAUUAAUUCAAAUCAGUUUGAAGAUUUAGUCAGCUUAAGGUGUAUUGAUAUUUUGUUUAAUUAUUCAUGGGUAAACUGUAUUUUUUUUACUUUGCAUGUAAUCUGAAAAGAAGAAUUUUCUAAUCAUGAUUUUUUUAUCAUGAUUCUGAAUUCGUAUAGAGAUAACAGGAAGGUUGCAUUAUUAUGAUAAAUUGUAGUUUCAUAAUUACCUUUUUAAUGGUUGUGAGGAAACAUCCUACAUUAUAAUUGUAUCAUGUAUAAUUUUUCUCCUUAAGAUAAAAUACUGGAAAGGUGUUUUAACGAGAAAUUGUUUAUGCAAUGAAAUUGCGCCCGUCAUUUUUUUUCAUUAUAAAGUCAACAAUCUGAUGAUGAUGAGACUGAAUACAAUUUUUGGUUUCAAGCGAUUCAUUUUUUGUUUUGUUAUUUUUACCGUAUGAAAACAGUACUUCAAAUGAAAAAAAGAACAUUUAUUUGAAGAAAUAAGAGAGUAAAAUAAAAAAUGCUUGACAUAUUCUCCUAUGUAAUUUCUCAAACAUUUAACAUGUCCCUUUUUUCUUAGAGAAGUUUUACUUGAUUGUUUUUCUUUUAAUGCGGUUUUUAUCAAAGAAGUUGAUAAUUUUUUUAUUAUUAGUUUUUCAAUUGUUAGAACUAUUUAUCAGUAUAUCUGAUUAUAUUAGGGACCAUGCAUGGUCAUACGUCAUUACUUUAAAAGAUGGCGGUAUUUUGUUCAGCUAAAAGCAAAUAAAGACGAUGUCAUAUGUUCUUAGCAAAAUAAGCCAGUCCCCUUUCCCUCGUAAUGAGAUAAAUUGUUUAAUUUUUAACCGUUUCAAACAUUCCUUCAACGAAGUUCAGCAAGGCGUUUGAAUGUACUUCAUGUGGAUUAUUAAUAUAAGAAAGUCGUUUUUAACUUGAAUACAUUAUAUGUGUACAGGGUAUGAACAAAAAUACAAAAGGCUCCUUUUUAACAAUGUUAAAACAAACCUCGUGCAUCCAAAGUAUCAUUCAAGAAUGAUUUAAAAAUUCCUUGUCACUUUGUGAAGUUAGAGUAUAAGCUUGUGAAAAAUGACUGUUUUAUGAUUUUUAUUCGAUGUCAAGCGGCACUGUAAUAAACUUGCUUUCUUUUGUAAGUAAA